AUGGUUAGAUCAAAGAGGCAUGGUCGCAAGGCUCCUUCUGCAGCAGCACAUCCAUCAGCGAGCCUUGAGUCUAUACCUCAGCACAGUGAGCCUAUACGUCAGCUCAGUGAGCCUAUACUUCAGCAAAGUGAGCCCAUACCUCAGCAAAGUGAGCCCAUACCUCAGCAAAGUGAGCCCAUACCUCAGCAAAGUGCUAUACCUCAGCAAAGUGAGCCUAGAAGUGAUGCAGUCCAAAAUCAGCCACGUAGACGACGUGGAGGGUCUGAAUCCACACAACCUCAUAAGAAAACACCUACGAGAUAUUGGACAGUGGACCUUAUUGGCGAGGAUGGGGUUGUGACAAAAGCUAGCUUGCGAGUAAAAGAUUUGCGUUAUGACCUUCCUGGAGGUAAGAAAAUUGUGGUUGAAUGGAAUAGGAAUUGUCAACCGGUUGGAGAUUCUGGAGGCCUUUUGGGGGGUUAUCUAGGGGAGCUUGCAUCUAAUGCCUCUAAGUUUCCUAUCAAUUUUGUGAAUUGGCAUAAAGUUUCUAGCACACACAAGAACCAUGUGUGGAAUGAUAGCAUAAAGAAAAAAUUCAUAGUGAAUGAAGAAGGACAUAGAAAAUAUAUAUUGGAAAAUUUGGGGAAAAAAUGGAGGGACAGCCGCGCUCGAAUGUAUGCUGAUUGUUUUAGAGAACAGAAUACUUGGGAACAAAACCUUGAGGCGUGCCCUGAUGGUGUUCCCUUGGAGCAAUGGGUUUCUUUCUUAGAGUAUCGUGCCUCUGAAAAAGCUAAGAAGUAUUCUGAGAAAAAUACUGCAAACAGACUCAAGCAAACAGUCCCUCACACUCUUGGGACAAUGACAAUUGCAAGAAAAAAACAUGAGUUGGAAACACAAACUGGAAGAUCAUACAGUAGAGUUGAGUUGUAUUCCAUUACCCAUAAGAGAAGCGAUGGAUCUUUUGUCAAUGAUGAGGCUAGAGAAAAAAUGGAACAACUUGAGAUGGCUAUUGAUAACAAUAUGUCUGAAGAAGAAGCUUUCACGACUAUAAUUGGAAAAGAACACUAUGGGCGUGUGCGAGGCAUGGGCUUUGGUGUUUGCCCCUCUCAAGUCCUCGAAGGUUUUGGGGGCUCAUCAUCCGGCAGUUCCUCAUCACAAGUUACUCAGCUGCAAUCAGAGUUAGAAGCAGAACGUGCUAGAGUUGAUGCUUUGGAAAAAGCUUUGGAAAAAGAAGUCACAAAGUUUAAGAGUAUGGAGGAACAACUUGCAUUUCUUAUGCAGCAUGUCAUUGGCCAUGGAUUUAAUCAGGUUAGCGAUGUAGGCUCCCCGAAUGAAGUAAGGCGAUCUUCAUCCGCCAGUCAUCAACCUGUAAACAAUGGACCAUCUACUUAGUUUUAUGUAAGGUGAACAUGUUCUAAUGGGAGGGAGCAGCUUGUGUUUU